UCUAAUUAUCCUCUGAAGGUUGCAGAACCAAACCAGACAGUUAUAGAGGUGCAGAUGACAGACUCAUGGCAUAAAUAAUAACUAAAUAUAUUUGGUGACCUUAAUCUAUUUCAUCUACGUUACAGGAGAGUUGGGAUUUUAAAAUGUAAGGGCGUAGAGUCAUGUACAUCAGCUGGAAACCUUUAGACGAAAAGGCAAGAUAAAUAAGUAACGAAUAAAAUAAAUAUGAAAUAUAAGUAAAUGCCAGCAACUACACGAUUAGAAAGUUGAGCCUUUGUCUGGCUGGUGAGCGACGUAAUGCAGUUUUCUUAUUUAGUUACAGAGAGGAAAAAUGCCUUGCAUAACUGGGAAGGAUAUAAAUUGAGUAUUUUCUGCCUCAAGUAACCCCUUGGGGAAAUAGACAACAGACAAAUUGGAGCAAGUCUUGCUAAGACAGAACUGGGUAAAAACUCAGUGACUGUAUUUCAAAUAUCAGAAAGAGCAGCUUCCAGUGUCCAAGGUUCAGGGUUAAGCGUGUAGCAAUCAUAAACAGACAUGAUCAGGAAAGCAAAAUUUACAGACAACCUUAUGACCUGAAUGACUUCAUGGAAAGCCACAAUGGAUUUUUCUUGGAAACAGCAUGCAACUGGUUCUCCAUUGCAGCCUUCUUAUAGGCUUAAAAAAAAAAAACUUUCCAAGCUAGCCUCUAGCAUUAACGGUCUACCAUUCAAGAAGCAACCUAGUUAUUACAUUUGUUUAGUUAAUAGAGUUGGAAGGGACCUUGGAGGUCUUCCUAUCCAACCCCUGCUCAAGCAGAAAACCCUAUACCAGCUCAACAAGAUCAGCCAAGUGUGCCUAGAUGCUAUCAUCGAGAAAGCAAAAUGCAAAUAAUUGCUGAUAUUCGCUAACUCCUGCCUCCUUCAACUCUCAAAAAUCUAAAGUUCCCAAACUACAAUUCCCAGAAAUCCUUGCGUGGAGAGCCGCGUGCAAAGCUGAAUUUAAAAAAAAAACAAAAAAAAAAACAAAGGCGGGACCAAUUCUGGCCUCUGAAACCGUAGUUCUUGAACCGCAAAUCCGGGUCUUUCCGUCCUCAACCGCUUUUAACAACCGUUGGAAGGAUGGAGGAGAUACAUCCCGACCAAUAGCAAGCCACGGCUACCGCCCAUUCAAACAUGCCCGUUCUCUAAAGAAUUCUUCAAGUAAAGCUGUAGAAGAGAGAUGCCAUUUUGACCAUGACUGAGAACACUACAUUCAUGUCUGAUACCACAAAAAGCAUCUUGGCAGAUUCUUCUGUUCUUGACUUAAAAAUUAUAGAAAAUUCCAAGGACAAUGUAUUCACCCGAAUUGCUUCUGACAGCAGAGAGGAAAUACCCCCGGUUGAAAUCAAGGUGAUUUUAGUUCAGGAAGCUGCAAGAUGUGAAAAACUCACAACAGCCUUAGAGGACAUUAAAGUGCCUUACCUAAAGAUGGAAUCUAUGAAAACGUGGGAUGAUUCUGAAUCACUGGAGGUUGAGGCUGUCUUUGUAAUAUCAGACUUUGAAGAACCCAUUUUUAGUAACUUGAACAAGACAGACUGCAGGAUCCUUGGGCCCCCAGUGGUAUUUCAGUGUGCUAAAAAAGGCGAGCCUCUACCCAUCACGUGUCGUCCACUGUACUGCACAAAUAUGGUGAAUCUUGUAUUAUGCUUCACAGGAUUCAGGAAGAAAGAUGAACUGGUUAAAAUGGUGACCCUGGUUCAUCAUAUGGGAGGGAUUAUUCGGCGGGACUUCAGUUCUAAAGUUACACAUCUAGUAGCUAACUCCACACAAGGAGACAAAUUCCGAGUAGCUGUGAGUCUUGGCACUCCAAUCAUGAAAGCAGAGUGGAUUUAUAGAUCUUGGGAGAGAAGAAAUGACAUUGACUUUUGUGCUGCCGAUGAUGAAUUUAGAAAAGAAUUUAAAGUGCCACCCUUUCAGGACUGCAUUUUAAGUUUUCUUGGAUUCUCUGAGGAAGAGAAAAAGAACAUGGAAGAAAUGACAGAAAUGCAAGGAGGACAGCAUUUGCCUGUUGGUGAUGAACGCUGUACUCAUCUUAUAGUUGAAGAAAACACAGUAAAAAAUAUUCCGUUUGAGUCUCCGCCGAGCCUUUUUGUUGUAAAGCAAGAGUGGUUCUGGGGAAGUAUACAGAUGGAUGCCAGAGCUGGAGAAUCAAUGUACUUAUUCGAAAAGCCAGACAGUCCCGAAUUGAAGACUUCGACCUCGGUCCUUUCCUUAAGUACGCCCAACAGCAACCGGAAGAGACGGCGUUUGAGAGAAACCCUUGCUCAGUUGACCCGAGAAACGGACAUGUCUCCCUUCCCACCUCGGAAACGGCCAUCGGCCGAACAUUCCCUUUCCAUAGGAUCUUUACUGGACAUUUCUAAUACACCUGAGUCGAGCAUGGCUAAUGGAGAAACUCCCAAAUCCUGCACAAAGCCAUCCAAAAACAUAUCUCCCUUUCCUUCCAAGCAAUCCGCCAGGUGGCAGGUUGCAAAGGAGCUCUAUCAGACAGAGAGCAACUAUGUAGAUAUCCUGACAACUAUAAUCCAGGUCUUUCAAGUCCCUUUGGAAAAGGAAGGACAGCUUGGAGGCCCUAUUCUCGCAGCAGAAGAAAUCAAAACAAUAUUCGGCAGUAUUCCAGAUAUCCUUGAUGUGCAUAUUAAGAUAAAGGAAGACCUUGAAGACCUUAUGAUAAACUGGACUGAAAACCAAAGCAUUGGGGAUGUUAUACUUAAAUAUUCUAAAGACUUGGUGAAAACAUAUCCUCCUUUUGUGAACUUCUUUGAAAUGAGCAAGGAAACCAUUACCAAGUGUGAAAAGCAGAAGCCCAGGUUUCAUGCUUUCUUAAAGAUAAAUCAAGCUAAGCCAGAAUGUGGUCGUCAGAGUUUGGCAGAACUCCUUAUCCGGCCAGUACAGAGACUGCCCAGUGUUGCCCUUCUUCUAAAUGACCUCAGGAAACACACCGCAGAAGACAAUCCUGACAAGGCCACCCUCGAGAGCGCCAUUGAGUCAUUAAAGGAAGUGAUGACGCACAUUAAUGAAGACAAAAGGAAGACUGAAGGUCAAAGACAGAUUUUUGAUGUUGUUUAUGAAGUAGAUGGUUGCCCAGCUAACCUCUUGUCGUCUCACCGCUGUCUAAUUCAGCGCCUGGAAACGGUUGCACUUGGGGACGACCUCUGUGACAGAGGGGAACAGGUCACCCUGUUCCUUUUUAAUGACUGCCUGGAGAUUGCGAGGAAACGGCACAAAGUCAUCGGUGGCUUCAAGAGUCCGCACGGCCACACCAGGCCGCCAGCCUGCCUCAAGCACAUCAUCCUCAUGCCUCUGUCUCAGAUCAAGAAGGUACUAGACGUCCGAGAGACAGAAGACUGCCGCAAAGCUUUUGCACUGGUUGUACGGCCGCCGACGGAGCAAAGCAAUCUUCUGUUCACUUUUCAAAUAACAACGGAGGAACCUCUCAAGGAGGACUGGCUAAAGAUGCUGUGUCGGCAUGUCGCGAAUACCAUCUGCAAAGCAGACGCCCUAAUAGUUGGGGCUUUUUCCUGCCAGGAAAAUCUUAUUUAUGCAACUGAUCCUGAUUCUAUUGAAGUAAACACGAAGGAUGUGGAUAGUACAUUGAGUAGAGCUUCCCGAGCCAUAAAGAAAACCUCCAAGAAGGUUACACGAGCCUUCUCUUUUUCCAAGACCCCAAAGAGAGCCCUGCGAAGAGCGUUGAUAUCCCAGCACAGUGUAGAUGGCCAGAAUGUCUGCAUCGCUAGUGAAAGCUGUUUAGGUGGCCGCCUUGCCAGUACUUCAUCUUUAGCAAUGAUGCGUACUGCUUCUACAUACAGCUUAAAUGGACCAAUUAAACAUCCCAUUAACAUACAACGUUCCAACUCUAUUGACGGGACCUCCCAAAAUAUUAGAUCUCGACCACUAGUCCGUUCUUCCCAUGAUCUAGAAGGGCGGAUGGCUUCCAGCUCUGAAAACUUAAAGAGCUGCUCCCUGUCCAGUUGUUAUCCAAUCACCAGCAGUGAUGAGUUUUAAGCUGCUUAAAAGCAUCCAUUCUCCUUCCUUGAUCAAUCUGCCAUCACUAUUUGAAAAGAGAAGCCAUACCUUCAGUCGGUCAACUACUCAUUUG